AGAUUUGUAGUAAGACAAUAUUCGUAAAACUUUUGGCCACAAAAAACUCAUAGUAUUUGAUUGGAAAAUGGCCAAUUUUGAAUUUUAUUCGUCUGGACUUAGUCAUAGCUUGACAAAUUUUAAAGAAUUAGCAAAAUGAAUAAUUGCGAAUGAAUCACAACUAUAACAAUGAAACAGCGAGUCUUCGUGAAAAUAGGAUUGUUUGUAAAUAAAAUAUUUCGCGUAUGGUACAGUUCGAUAUGGUACCGGAAGCGCAACAAAAGGGAAAAACCGGAAGCACAUACAUGGACACUCAUGAAAUUUGUUAUGAUCGUUAUGUACCAUUUCAUUGCUGAAGCGAUUUAACAUUGACGAAAUACAAUGUAACAGAAUAAAUUUAUUUAAUUUUCGACGCGAAAUCGUGAUGUAUUUAACACAAGUGAUCGUUUGUUCUAUCUUUUUGAAUCUCAUUGAGUGCCAAAAUUGGCGUGAGAGACACCCGUCAGUUAGAGUACAACAAGGGCUUUUGGAAGGGUCCAGGAUUAUCACCGACACGGGAAAAACCGUAAACGCGUUCCUCGGCAUUCCGUACGCUGCGCCCCCGACAGGCGAUCUGAGAUUUGCCCCACCUCUGAAACACCCCCCGUGGAACGAAACGCGGCAAGCCACCAGUUUCGCACCCCACUGCCCCCAGCUGCCCCCAAAGCCCGGAAUUAACGACCAGGAGGACUGUCUCUACCUCAACGUUUGGUCGCCUGAGAACGCAGGCCUGUACGCCCCACUGCCGGUGGUGGUUUUUUUCGAAGGGAGGAAUUUUUACCAAAGCAGCGAGUUUCCGAUAAACGGGCAAGAUUUGGCGACUGAGGGCUUGGUGGUCGUGACGCUCAACUACCGACUGAACGUUUUCGGCUUUUUUUGCUUGGGGUCGGCCGAAGCGCGCGGAAAUUUGGGGUUGUUGGACCAGUAUUUCGCUCUGGUCUGGAUCCGGCAAAAUAUCAAUCAGUUUGGGGGCGACCCCGAAAAAAUCACGCUUUAUGGCCACCAGUCGGGGGCUGUGAGCGUGACCUUUCAUAUGGUUUCGCCGCGGACCGCCGGGUUCUUCCAAAGGGUUAUCAUUUCGAGUGGAAGUGCCGUAGCGACCUGGCAGGAGAAAAAUGACCCGGUGGUGGCAUCCAAGCAGAUACUUCGGAUGUUAGGUUGCGACGCUUACACCGUGCAGCCGAUUAAAUGUCUCCGAUCAAAGAAAGUGGAACAUAUUUUACAAGCUCUGGCUGAGUAUUCAGAGUCUUUUAACUGGAACGAUAGAUUUUUGCCCGUUGUGGACACCUUCCUACCGGAAAAUAACCGGUACCUCCCUUUGAACCCCACAAAUGCGCUCAAAGAAGGCACAGAUUGGCAAGUUCCCGUUCUGACCGGAAUUUCGAAACCUAUCACCGACGAGCAAUUUAUGCAGUGGUUGGAACUCGCAAGUCAGGGCUUCACCCAGUUACAACAAUACGUCGAAAAGGUGAAAAUCCCCGAAAUUGCGCGUUUGUAUAAACUCGGGGCGUCCAACAAAGACCACAUUUAUGACCUUAUCAGGUGGCAGUACUUCUCGUCGAACCAAGGGGACGUUAGACUCCUCUACGACGAGUUGAAAGAUUUUGAGUUUCAGGCCAAAGUGGAAGCGCCACAUUUUUUGCAACUUUCGCACCUGAUUUCGUCAUACGUGCAACCAAUUUAUGUUUAUUUUAUGGAUGAUGUUGGGUUUGUUCUCAAUACAACCGAUUCGACCAUUACCACAGACCUUCUCUUGGUAUUUGGACCGAUUUUGCUGAAGCAAGUGGCCAGGCGGCGGUUCAACGCCAACGAAAUGAAUUUGAGUCGACAAAUCAAACAGUUAUGGACCAACUUUAUAAUGUUUGGGGAGCCGACACUAAACAAUCAGGUCAGAUCGUGGCGAAAAUACACCUCGGGGGACUAUUAUAUCGAAAAUUUUGGGCCGGUUAAUUCCCACAUAAAUGAAGAAAAUAAAAAACGCGUCCAGAGGGUUUUGUUCUGGAACCAGCUCGUGCCAAAAAUGGCCAAUAUUAAGAAUAAUUUAUCGAAUAACAUCCCGCGGGAGCUACAAAAUAGUCCAGGUUUCCGGCAUGCAAUGUACACUUUGGUGGCUCUUGUGAUCGCCCUGCUCGCUUUGCUCCUAAUUUGCAUUGUUUUAUUGAAAAAGCGAUCGAGGGAGCGGGAAAAUCAUCUUCAUAUGGGAUAUUAAAAAUAAGUUGCAAACCAGUUUUCAAUUAACUAAAUAUAUUUAGAUGUCUCAUCACUUGUGAUACGUUUUUGGGCGACAAGACAGGACUAUUAAGUUUUUUUAAUUCUAUUUAUAAAUGUCAGCGGAAUCAGGUAGACGGGAAAAUAUGUACAUAUCGGUGCUUAACAAACGCAUUUAUAAAUAUAUUUCGACUGUAGAUGUGUCGUUACAACAAUUUUAUUGUUUUUGUCAUCACCUUUGUAAAAAUAGUGUCCAAAAAUAAUUAUCUUGUGACCUUCACUGUACAUACUUAUCUAGUUUGUUAUUGGCCAUUUAUGUACAAUGACAUAUAGAUUCCACCAAUGGCGAGCACAGCCCCUUAUUUAAAUCAAAACGCCUAUUUUUGUAAAUAGUUAUUAAAAAUAUUAAAUGUGUACUAAAAAUAAAAACUAAUAGAUAUUUAUCUGUC